UUUUAAUGUUUGACUGUUAAACAAUCACAAGGUACUCACAUUAUCAGUUUGUUCAUGUUUCAUGUAAAGCAUGUAAUAUAAAUUUGCAAACCACAUCAUCUAAAGUGGGACUGUAAUUAAAUUGUAUGUACAAACACAUGUGGUGGUGACCAGUUUCAGUGCGAUAAUAAUCAAUGUAUAGCAAAAGCUUCAAAAUGUGAUGGUCUCCAAGACUGUGCAGAUAGUUCAGAUGAGUCAAAUUGUACUGAAAGUAUUAGACAUUGUCCAGAGAAUCGAUUUGAUUGUUUUAAAAAUGGUUCAAAAUGUAUUAAUUCUAACAAAUUAUGCGACGGAUCAAAUGACUGCGAAGGCUCUGAAGAUGAGGCAUUGGAUGUUUGUAAUUGUACAGCUCAUCCAUGUAUGAUAAAUAAUGGGGAUUGUGAUCAUAUCUGAAAUGAAAAUGGGCCAACAAAGGAUUUGUGUUCAUGCAGAAAAGGAUACAAACUGGAGGGGACGACUAGAUGUGUUAAUAUUGACGAAUGCACAGUGAGCAGUGCUCCCAUUUGUUCACAGUUAUGUUAUGAUACACAGGGAACUUAUGAAUGUGAAUGUAUUGAAGGCUAUAAUAAGACCUUCGUAGCCGAUAUAGCAGGCCCAACAAAAUGUAAAGUAAAUGGUCCAAGGCCGUGGUUAUUACUCGCAAACAAAAACGAUAUUAGAAAGUUUGAAGUAGAUACUUGGUUUGAAGAAACGUUGUUGGGUGGACUAUCCAGAACUGUUUCUGUUGAUUUUUACAAAGAUCAAUAUGUAUAUUGGUCAGAUUUGUCAAUACAACAAAUAGCUAGAUCUGAAAUAAAGAAUGGUAUUAUGAGCAAGAAACAAGUAAUUGUAAAUGAGGAUAUAGACACACCUGAGGGUAUUGCUAUAGAUUGGAUCCAUGACCAUUUGUACUGGACAGACACUGGACUAAACAUUAUUCAAGUAUCCAAUCUCGAAGGCGGUAAAAAAGCAACAAUAAUUGAUAAUGAUCUAGAUGAACCAAGAGGAAUCGCUCUAGACCCAAUACAUGGAUACUUUUACAUGACGGACUGGGGUAAAAACCCAAAGAUCGAAAGAAUUGGUAUGGAUGGAUCAGACAGAAACAUAAUUACAAAGGAUGUUGGAUGGCCUAACGCUAUAACUAUUGAUUACAUUGACAGUAGAAUUUUCUGGAUUGAUGCUAAACUACAUACCAUCAUGUCUGCUGAUUUAGAUGGUUCUCAAACACGUACCGUACUACAUAAUACUCAACAGAUAAAUCAUUCAUUUUCUAUGACUGUUUUCGAGGACAAUAUCUUUUGGACAGACAGGUCAGGAGGCGACAUUCGUACGGCUAAUAAACAUACUGGAAAACACUUCAAACGAAAAGUUAUAGGUCUAAAUUCACCAACGGGUAUCAAAGUGUAUCAUGAAUCUAUACAAAGAUCUGGACACAAUGUAUGUAAUGAUACUGAGGUAGGCUGUGAAUACUUGUGUUUACCGAAACCUCGAGUAAAAUCAGACGAUCCAAUUAUACCUUCGUAUACAUGUGUUUGUCCAGAUAACAAGAAGAUAUCACACAACGGUCACACGUGUAUUCCUAAAGUUUCAGAUAUGAAUACAGAUUAUCCGCCAACUGUAAUGAGGACAAUGACAACACCAGAGAGAACUGUAACCGGUGACAUAAACAUAGUAACUACACAAUCAUCGGCUGAAUCCCAACCAACAUCCAUGAAGACACUUAGAUCUGAUGAAAAACUCACGAUCAAAUCAACAUGCGAAAAUACAUAUGAGUGCAGUGGGAAACUUUUAUGCAUAGAUGGUAUUUGUCAGUGUUAUGAACAGUUUGUUUGGAAUAGAACUAAUUGCGUCAAAAAGAAAGAAAUGAGCAAAGUUUGUACAGAUUCAGUAGAAUGUCAAGACAAUUUAGACUGUAUAAAUAGCAGAUGCAGUUGCAAACGCUCAACAUAUUGGAAUGGUAUAAGCUGUGCCCGAAAAUUCCCUUCUGAAUGUGAGGAUAUCUCUAGUGAUAAGGAUGGUGUAUAUUUGGUCUAUCCUAAAGGCAAAAUGACGUAUCGUAAAAUAUUAGUUUACUGCAUCACGAGCGGAAACAAGAAAUGGACAGUAAUACAGAAGAGAACUGAUGAAUCUGUGGACUUUUACAGAACAUGGUCGGAAUAUUCAAACGGAUUUGGAAGAGUUGAUAGAGACCAUUGGCUAGGAAACGAGAAUAUUUACCGUUUAUCCCAAGAUGGCACACAUGAACUAAGCAUUGUCUUAGUAGAUUGGGAAGGAAAUCUAAUGGAAGCUAAUUAUUCUCAAUUUUCAGUAAAUAGUGAAGAAGACAACUACUCACUCAGUGUGUCAGGAUACUCGGGAAACGCAGGUGAUGGUAUGGACUACCACAACUCCAAAUCAUUUUAUACUAAAGACCGGGACAACAGGAAUGGGUGUGCUGUCAACAGACAUGGUGGUUGAUGGUAUGACAACUGUUACCAAGCAAACCUAAAUGGAAGGUAUAAUGGGACAAUAAAUGAAUCUGGAAAAUAUACAGGACUAGUAUGGUUUGAAUGGAAAAGUGACUAUUCCUUAAAGGCAACGCUGAUGAUGAUCAGAAGGAAAGAGUAAAUACUGAUACUCGUAUUAAAACUUGCGUGAAAGAAACCAACUUAUAUCAAUUUACUUAAUAAAUGAUUUUGUAUAUUUUAAUGCUUAGAAACAAUAUUAUCAUUCUAUAAAACUGCUACCAAUUA